AUGUGUGACAGACCGGUUUCAUCUGCUAACAUUAACUUAACAGACUGUCUGUCGUGCUCUGGCUGUGUGACCAUUGAUGAAAACGAUCUUUCAUACAUGGAAGGCAUUGAGUCAAUAAAAAAGGGAAAUACCAACAUCAUAAUUACACCUCAGGUCAAAAUAGCUUUGUACACCAUGAAAAAGACAGACAAGUCGUUUAGAGCAUUCGAGUACCAUCUGCUAAGCUAUCUGUCUCGAAAUAACAACAAAGUAAUAGAUAGCUCCAUAGGAACCAAGCUACUUCUGCAGCAGGAAAUAGAUCUGGUAGAUAAAAACAGGACUACCAUCAGCACUAUCUGCCCCGGCACUGUUCUUUACCUGUGCAGUGCACUCGAUAGAGCAGAAGAGCUGCUUAGCAACAAUCUAUCUCCCAUAGAAAUAUCAGCUACAUACAUCAGAAAGUUAAACAACAAUAAAAAUAUAUCUAUAGUCAUGUGCAAGGACAAAAGGGUAGAAGCAAAAAACAACACAAUUAUAGACUAUUCUAUCACAGCCAAAGAAUUGCACGAUAAUUUGCUGGGUAAAACAGAAAUAGAAGAUGAGAAUAAAGAAACAGAUAGGAUCGAAGAUAUUCCUAAACUGUAUGAUAAAGAUAGCAGUGAUUAUGAUAUGUACAAGUACGGUGUAAGCAGAGUUUUAAAAGGGUCUACUGCCGGAGGAGUGUUUGAAAGCGUGCUAAGCCAUGUGCUGGAAAAUAAAAUAAAUUCAGCAGCAGUUGUCAAACAAAAUGCGAAACACAAUGAAAUGCUAAUUGCUCCUGAGAACAGAAGACUCUUGCAGCUAUUCAGCAGCAGCAGAAUCGUGUCAUUCAUUAGCAAAGUAAAAAAAGACAGGAGCAUUCUAAAUAGCUACAUCUACAUAGAGAUGAACAUGUGCGCAGGCGGCUGUUUGUACGGCCCAUCCCAGGGAGUUGUUUCUGAUAGCAAUUUAUAUUUCGAGAUACAAAAUGACAAGAUAUCACAGGAAACAGUGGAAAUAGAGAGCAUGGAAGGCAAGAGGGCGUUUACAAAGUAUAGAAAGCCAAAAGAAAGAAAGAAUUAUCUAGUGCAGUGGUGA